GUAAGGUGGGGAGCAGGUGGAUUAUGUCUGUGGAUUUACUGCUGAUUUCCUCAGGCAGAAGAAGACUGAAGGAAUUUUUUUUUAGCUAUUUGCUGUUUUUACAGAAAGAUGAAGACCCUGUUGGUGUUUGUGAUUCUCCUGCACGGUUUAAACUCCACAGUUUCCCAGCAUGCCUCAAGUGUGAAGGUGCAGGAGGGAGCAGAGUUUGUCCUGCUGCCAUGUAGGUUUCUCAGUUUUAAUGUGGCAGAAUGCGCAGUUGUGUGGAGCCGGUCCGACCUCAAUCCACCCACAGUUCACCUGCGUGAACAGGAAGGCGAUAACCUUCAGAACCAAAACCAGCAUUACAGCGGGCGAACAUACAUGAAUACUGAUGCUCUGGAAACUGGAAACCUCAGCCUCACUCUGAAAAAUCUUCAACUGUCUGAUAGUGGCAACUACACCUGCACCGCCCGCAAGUCUGGACAUGAACAGGGUGAGACAACAGUGCAGCUGCAGGUCCAGAGGGCCACAGGUGGAGUUGUGUUGUUAGAUCGCAGCAGGGUCACAGUUCUCCUGGUUUUCUUGAAUCUGGCUGCAUUCUUAAUUGUGGGUGGAGGCAUGUACUUCAGACACUAUUUUGUGAAAGUCCCGCAGGUGAAGGUGGAUUCAGGGGUGGAGUCUGUUCAACUUCCCUUUAUAACCACAGUUCACCUGCCUGAAGACACUACAGUGAUGUGGACUGACAGCCUUAACAGGACAGCCCAUGUGCAGCAAAGUGACUCUGACCAGCCUCAACCACAACAACACUGGUUAUACACAAACCGAACCAAGAUGAAGAGAAACCGGCUGACAGUUGCCAACCUCAGUCUGACUCUGAAAUACCCCACAGACAAAGACACGGACACGUACACCUGCACCGUCAGCACCAGGGAGGAAAACAUCCUGAAGAAAAAUGUGAAGCUGAAAGUCAAAGUCCCCUGUGUAGAGGUGAAGGAUGGGGUGGAGUCUGUCCAGCUGCCCUGCAAAACCAGACUUCGCCUGCCUGAAGAUGCUAAAGUGGAGUGGACUUGUAUUUACAUCCGAACCAGGAAGGUCCACGUGUAUGAGAACGGCUCUGACCAGUUUAAAGAACAGGACCAGUUUUACAAAGACCGAACGAAGAUGAAUAAAGACCUGCUGAAAACUGGAGACCUCAGUCUGACCCUGAAAUACCCCACAGAUUGGGAUCACUACACCUACACCUGCACCGUCUACAGCAGGGAGGGAAACAUCCUGCUGAAGAAACAAGUGGAGCUGAAAGUCAGAGUGUGUCGGGUGGAGGUGGAGGAGGGGGUGAAGUCUGUCCAGCUGCCCUUCAAAACCAAAGGUAACCUGUCCAGUGCUGAAGUGGAGUGGUGGCGAUAUGAACCUGAACCACCAAUUACGGUCCACAAAUAUGAGCAGGGCUCUGACCAGCGAGACAAACAGCACCAGGUCUACAGAGAACGAACGAGGAUGGAAGCAGACUCACAGAUGACUGGAGACCUCAGUCUGACCCUGAAGAAACCCUCAGACAGAGACACGGGAAAAUACAUCUGCAGUGUCAAGGACAAGAGGAUCAAGAGGAAGAAAACGGUGCUGCUGAUAGUGACGAACUGUCCGGUGGAGGUGGAGGAGGGGGCCGAAUUUGUCCGGCUGCCCUUCAGAACCACAGAAAACCUGCCUGAAGAUGCUGAAAUAGCGUGGAGACGCAUUGAACCUGAACCAUCAAUGUUGGUUCAUGUGUAUAACAACGGCUCUGAACGGCCUUACGAACAGGACCAGUUUUACAGAGACCGAACGAAGAUGAAUGAAGACCUGCUGAGAACUGGAGACCUCAGUCUGACCCUGAAACAGCCCACAGAGAGAGACAGUGGAGAAUAUGAAUGUAUAAUCUACAGUAAAAAUAGAAACAUCUCAAGAGAGACUACAGUAUUACUAAAGGUCAAAGGGAGAGUUCAGGUCCAGGAUCAAACAGGGGACAUCAGGAACAGAAGCAGCUCCAUUGAUCCGACUCCUCUGAUGGCUGAUCAAUCAGUUUGAUCUGAAGGCUUAGUUUAGAAUCAGCUGUUUGAUCAUAAACAUGGAUAAGCCUCCUCUUUCAGCUUAUCACAAGGACACAGUAGGAAAGUGAUUCUCAAACUGUGGUACGCUUACUACUGGUGGUACGUGGGCGUCCUCUAGUAGUACAAGGGAAGCCUCCAAAGUUUUUUUUAAGAUUAAAAAAUAUAGCAUGUUCUUACUGAGAAAAUAUAAUAAUGUGCUAUGCGGUGGCGAGCAACACAGCUAUGUUAGCAUAACAUAAACACA